CUCUCCGAGGCUAUGAUCAAAGGAAGAGAAAUCGUUCGUAACGAUGUUAUGCUUUCCAGUACCUCAAAGAACGUUCGUUCAUCACAGAAGCGACAGCGUUCCUUACGUGUACGAUCAUCCAUAUUUUGGCUAUCCUGUGGCGCAUUCGAUCGAUUAUCCAAUUGGACCAUCUUCCAAGCAGCUGGUCAUCGUUAGUUUCAUCGGUUUGCUGUUGCUGUUCGCUGUAAUUCAGAACACGAUCGCGACUGUGAAGAGGAGAGACAUGUUGACGGAUGUGUUGUCGGCCAGGAGAAAGAGGGAGCUCUACGCAGCUUAUGGUUAUAAUUCUGUGACACCAGAACAGGAAGACGUUCUGAACGAGGACGCCAGGAUACGUUGCAUACAGAGGACAGUUUGCCUGGAAAAUCGAAAGCUCUUAAAAGCAUUCGGCGCAGCUGGUAAAGUACUGGCCAAGUACUUAACACGAAGCGUAGGGAAGUCUUUGAAAUCAACCUCCGGUUGGGAUCGGCUGGUGGAAGAUGCGGGUGAAGCUGGGAUACGCGGCGAGGAUUGCGAGGUGCUUUAUAGAGCUUGCGAUCAAUCGCCUCCUUUGAAGGAUCGUCGAAAGACAGGAUCGUCUCACGAUACGCAAAGGGAAUGA